AUGAUUGCCGCGGGUCUGGCUCUCAGGGCUCGCGACGAGAAGUUGUCGCCUCCUCUGACCAAGCAGAUUUUGGUGUACCCGAUGAUGGAUGACCGUAACUCAAUCCCGGGCCCUGAGGUCGAGCAUUUGUUCACCUGGUCGCACGACAACAAUGAGAUUGCGUGGAAGGCACUCAUCGGCGAUAGAGACGGAGAGAUUGAUUGCUACGGUGCGGCUGCUCGUGCAUCCAACCUUCGUGGCCUCCCCAGCACGUACCUCGACGUUGGCUCGCUGGAUGUUUUUAUUCACGACAGCGUUGAUUAUGCUCAGAGGUUGAUGAGGGAGAAUGUCGAAGUCGAGCUGCACGUCUGGCCAAGGGUGCCACACGGAUUCGAAGGAUUGGCUCCGCAGACAAGAUAUGGAAAGAUGGCUGUAAACAGUAGGGAUGAUGCUAUCAGAAGCUUGUAA